AGAUUAUACUGGAUACACUGCCUAACGUUUGCUUUCUCCUCUUCUCACUAUUUAAGGGUGAUGACCGUGAUGGAUUCAGUAGCUCCCAUCCGUUUCUGACUUUCACCAUCAUUACAACUGAAGUGAGGCUACCCGUAUCUAAUUACUUCUCCAGGCUAAAUGACACUAUAUUACUAGCUUGUCCAACCUCGCUCUAACAGAGUUGUUCCCCCCAUCCUGGCCCCCAAGCAAUGCUACCAAUCUCAUGGGUGAAAAGGGUUAUUACUUUGAUUUAAUUUCCACUUUGCGAGUGAAAUCGUAGGUUUUUCAUACUUCUCUGCCCAUUAGAAAAAAUAACCCAUCCACCCUGUAAACAACCCGAAGUCACUUUCUCCAGGAGGCCUCCCUGGUCAAGCCUCAGUGCCCCACGCCCUGGGCCCUGGGGCCCCACCUGCGGCCAGGAGCACUCGGACGCGGAGCCAGGUCACUCGUGGCUCACAGCCUGUGCUGCCAACCUCUCUGGCGCUGCGGUUCUAGAAGCUCAGGUCUUCACAGCCACGCUGUGACCCAGAGACUUUGCCCAGGGCGACAGGCUGGCAAGAAGGGCCAGGUGGGAUUGCAGCUCGCCCCCGCCCCCCCGUCAGCAGUCCUUUCCGACUGGCUGCAGGGCGACUCCGCCCCCACCGAGAGCGGAAGUCCCGCCUCCUCGGGCGCCGAUUGGCUAUCCUCGUCCUGUCACGCUCAGGCCACACCUCCGCCGCGGGGAGGGCGGCUUCCGAAAGCACAGUUCCAUCGAGCGUCGCCGCCGCGUUUGGGGUCUCGGCGGAAGCAGCGGUCGCAGCUAGAAGCUUUACUGACCACAGGCCCGGCCAUAUCACCUCACCCCGGGGACCGCCACCAACCUACCUCUGUCCGAGAGAAGGAAAGGGGCGUAUGCAAACAACCUGUAGUUCCAAGCUCCUGAUUGGUCGGUCGGAGGCCUCGUCCCCGCCGUGGGCAUGCGGGCGCGGCCUGCGCGCACGUGAGAGAGGAUGGGGACCCAGGGCAGCCCGGUCAAGAGCUACGACUACCUGCUCAAGUUCCUGCUGGUGGGCGACAGCGACGUGGGCAAGGGCGAGAUCCUGGAGAGCCUGCAGGACGGCGCGGCCGAGUCCCCGUACGCCUACAGCAACGGCAUUGACUACAAGACCACCACUAUCCUGCUGGAUGGCCGGCGGGUCAAGCUGGAGCUCUGGGACACGUCGGGCCAGGGCAGGUUCUGCACCAUCUUCAGGUCCUACUCCAGGGGCGCACAGGGGAUCCUUCUGGUAUAUGACAUCACCAACCGCUGGUCCUUUGAUGGCAUCGACCGGUGGAUCAGGGAGAUUGAUGAGCAUGCUCCUGGUGUGCCGCGGAUCCUGGUUGGGAACCGGCUGCACCUGGCGUUCAAGCGGCAAGUCCCAACAGAGCAGGCUCGUGCCUAUGCAGAAAAGAACUGCAUGACCUUCUUUGAGGUCAGCCCGCUGUGCAACUUCAACGUCAUCGAGUCCUUCACUGAGCUGUCCCGCAUUGUGCUCAUGAGGCAUGGCAUGGAGAAGAUCUGGAGGCCCAACAGAGUGUUCAGCCUGCAGGACCUCUGUUGCCGGGCGAUCGUCUCCUGCACCCCCGUGCACCUCAUCGACAAGCUGCCUCUGCCUGUCACCAUCAAGAGCCACCUCAAGUCCUUCUCGAUGGCCAAUGGCAUGAAUGCCGUCAUGAUGCACGGGCGCUCCUACUCGCUGGCCAGUGGGGCUGGGGGCGGCAGUGGUAAGGGCAGCAGCCUCAGGAGGUCCAGGUCCAUCCGCCCCCCUCAGAGCCCGCCCCAGAACUGCUCGCGGAGCAACUGCAAGAUCUCCUAGCGGGGCAGGCUGGCGCUGCCCAACAAGAUGUGUCCUCGGCCUGGCCCUGUGCAUAAGGAAGACUUUGGCCACACAGGCCCCUGGAAGCAUGGGGUCCCAACUAGUGGGCUGGUAUUCCCACCAGCCGAGCGCCACGGGACGGUAGAGGCUGUGCUCCUGUGGCUGGGGGCCCUGUACUGCAGCUGAGAAGCACCCUGGGGGCAGCUCUGCCGGGCCCCAGCCUGCAGGGGGCUGUCCUUGGGAACCAGGGUCUGGCUUGUGUUAUUUAUAGAGAUGAUGUUCACCCCCUCUGUACAUUUUUUAAGGGCCGUAAGGGCAGCCUCUGUGCAGCAUGUGAUGAACCCACAUCACUGGGGAUGGAUUUGGGGGCAUCUGGAGCGGGAGCAGAUUUGAGGCAAAGAAGGGGAGGAAUUGAGCUGUCGAGGCUUGAAUCUGAAUCACAUACGUUUCAUGUGGGAUGUGGGCCCCAGGGGUCAGCACUGCAGUUGCGGCUUCCUUGGCUCCCAGUGGCCUUCCUGGACGACAUCCCUGCAUGUCGUGGAGCCAUGGGCCCAGAGCUGGGGCCACUCACAGGUUCCCAAGUGGAGUGCCGGUCUCUUUUGGGUUGUAGGGUGUGCCCCUCCUCACUCCUGUGGGGCCAACGGCUUUCUGUCCAUCAUUCUGCACGUUCCCUUGCAUUUAUAUCUUAAUGUGUGACCUUGGUUUGGUAUCUGAGGCGGUGAAUGUUUGGUGGGGCCCUCAGCUGUGCUGCAGAUCUGGAUUGAGUGCCGCCUGCUCAACUCCGGGGGAGCGUGGACUCUGCUCUUACCAGCUUCUGUCUGCUGACCUUGGUGGGACCCCCAUAGCUGCUCCUCACCUGGUGUCACCCGUGAGGUCACAUCACCAAAACCAUUCUGACCUGUUCCAUAGUGACGCAGUCAGCAGCAGCCGCGGCUGUGGACACUGAGCCCCUCCUUGGGGGCCCGCCUGCAGCCCUGAGCUGGAGGGCUGGCUGCCUUCUGCCCACCUGGCUGGGGAUGCGGCUGUAGCUGCCCUGGUGCUCAACUCUACCUCCUGCCCCCAGGCCCCUCCCUGGGCCUGUGACCCUCCUUGCUCUGGGACUCUUCUGUGGUGGGGGGGCCCCGUCACGCCUGCUGUGCUGGGAGGCAAGGAGAGGGGCCUGAGGCCCAUGUGAGCAGGGGCGCCCAGGGACCCUGGCUGAGGCCUGGCCACCAGCGAGGUUGGGCAGAGGAGGCACCGCCCUGCCUGUCCUGCCAGUGGGGCCCCUUUCUUCGGACUUUGAACGAAAUCACACAGACUCUGUUCUGAGGAUGUGGAUGGUCCUGCGUUCUCUACAUGAACACUACCCUUCGCUGUUGUCUGAUGCUCGCACCAUUCCUGGGCUCGUUUUGGAUGGUUUUGGUUUCUUUGUACAGUAAAUGUAAUUCAGCUUUGA